GGGAAAAUUUCAUUGUUCAUUAUGGGUUCCCAAGUCGCCUCCUCAGUGAUCAAGGAAGGGAUUUUGAAUCCCAUACCAUCCGCGAGUUAUGUGCCCUCAUCGGAGCUGACAAAGUGAGAACAACACCUUAUCACCCACGUGGCAACCCGGUCGAGAGAUUUAAUAGAACACUCCUCAGUAUGCUUGGAACCCUUGAAGAAAAAGAUAAACAUCAUUGGAGAGACUUCGUGAAACCCCUUGUACAUGCGUAUAAUUGUACGCGGAACGACACCACCGGCUAUUCGCCCUACGAGUUGAUGUUUGGGCGCCAGGCUAAACUACCAAUUGAUCUUGUUUUUGGCAUCCAUCCUCCAGGUGAAAGACCCAGAACUCACUCCGAGUAUGUGACGAAACUACGAGAACAUCUUCAGGAGAGCUAUGAACUGGCUGCUGAAAAUUCCCGCAAAAUGAGUGAAAAGAACAAGGCAAAGUUUGAUCUAAAAGUUAGAGUGGCUGAACUGAUGCCCGGUGACAGGGUCUUGGUGAGAAAUUUGAGUGUGAGGGGUAAGCACAAACUUGCCGACAGAUGGGAAAAGAUGGUCCACACUGUGGUCAAGAGAAUUUCAAAUGGUCCUGUUUAUGUGGUAAAGCCGGAAAAGAGUAAUGGUCCCCAUCGUACCCUUCACAGGGAUCUCUUACUGCCCUGUGGGUUCUUGCCUGCGAGCCCAGUAAAACAGAUGCCUGGGACAAAUUUAACUGCGAACAGAAAACGUAAGAUAAGGACAAGGGCUAAUACUGAAGUGCGAGAGGGUGAUGAAUGUGAAGAACAGUCUAGUGAUGAAGAGGGAGGUUACUUUCAAAUACCUAUUCCUGAAAUAGUUACAAGGAGUCCCUUCGUUAAACAAGUGGAUGAUGGGUUGCUCACCUCUCAUAAUGUUCCUGCAAAAUCAUCAGACCAGUUGAACCCUCAUGCAGUCGAGUUUGCUCCAUGUACUUCAACUAUACCUAGAUCAGAGCCUGUUCAGCCUGUGAUUGAACUCACAAGAGAAGCAUCUGAGAUUGUUACUGGCGGUGCACCAGUCUUUCCUGCCACAGAAUCUGUUGGGAUUGAAAAUGCCCCUGAUUAUAUAGCCAUUGAAAUUCCAGAAGAGAUUGUACCAGCUGCAGGGUCAGAAUUCCAAGAAUUGUCCCACAGUUCAGUUGACACUGAAUCCGUACCCCUCAGACGUUCAGGUCGAGAAAGACGGCCACCAAAGACAUUAGAAUAUGAGGAAUUAGGGAAGCCCAUAUUACUUGCUCUUACAUCAUUUUUUGAUUCCCUGGGAAACAUUCUCGCUGCCAGUCUUGUUGCUAACACGCAUGCAGGGACUCAUGCGGUUUAGAGGGGGAGAGUGUAACCCUUGAUAUUUCUAUCCUGUUUUACUUCUUAGUCUCACUUCUUUAAAACUUAGUACUGCCCCUUUAAGAGGUUGGGUAGUUUAUGCGGGGAGAGAGUGCACAGCAAUAGCGCGCAGAGUGAAUGUGCAUGAAGCACGGACAAAACGCAUAGCGUCUGGGAGGUUGAAUUUGAAACACUGUGGAAGAGAAGUCGAAGACUUAUUGCUUUCCGUGACUUUUCUGAGACAUUCUGGUGAGUGUAUUCUGCUUGUAACGAAAUAUUUUGUUGUCCUAUUGUG